CCAUUCUGGAAUCUUCUCUCCAUUGUGCUCUCGAUGGCACACUGCAGGCUGGUACUCAUCAGGGCCUUGAGCUCUGUUCUGUCCCCUGGGUUUGGAUGCUGGCCAGAGCUCACCUGGGCCCUGGGAGGGAAGGCACUCAGCUUUAGUGGCAUCAGUAUCACCCACAACACACAGAGACCUGCCAGGGCAGAGAAGUCCACCCUCGGGCCUGGGGGCAGGGGGCUCACUGCUCCCCAUGCUGGGCAGUUUCUGAUUCUUCCACAGGACCUGCAAUCGUGGUGGCCUGUGGUUCUCGCAGAGCCGGGCCACCCUCACAUGGCCCUGGGCCAGAGCCCAGUGCCCAUGUGCACAGUCUGGGUGGCCGCUGGCAGAAGUAGCUUGAGCCUGCUGGGCCUCCGUCCUCCUGAGCAUGUGUGUUGAAACUGUGCCUGUGUGUAUGCGUGGGGUUUUUUUUUGUUUGUUUGUUUAACACCAAGUACAUCUAUCAGAAAAGGAAGUGACAAAACACCCAUCUUUCCCUGAGAAGUUAUAAAUAAAAGAGAAUAAACCCAAAACAGAGAAAACAGCAAAGAUCAGAAAACAUUCCCCCAUCAAACUGCCAACAUCAUCCCUCACAGAGAUUCACAUUUUGAUUCUUACAUUUCUGUAAAAAUAAAAGAAUAAACAGCUUUGAUAAAGGGAACAAGAUUAGAGCUCCCCAAUGCCGCAACUUAUCACAGUGUCACCAAUCGCAACAAAACGGCACUGGUAGCAAGACAAACUACCAGAAUACUAACAAAAUCCCAAAGUAGGUAAGCCACAGGACGCACACUUGGUUUCUGGCAAAGAUGCAAAAGCAAUUAAGUGGAGAAAGGAUUGUACCUUCGGUAAACAUGCUGGAACAACUGAAUAUCCACGUGCAAAAAACCCAAACCUUAUUGCACAUCAAAGACUUCAUAAGACAUCCGAAGGUCAAAGUGACUCACAGUGGGUUAAAGUGAAGGCAGGUUUGUCCUGAGGCAUUGCUUGGCUGAAGUCAUUCUCUCUGGGACAAAGUACAUGUUUUUUCCUUGUCAUACUAAUGAAACAAUACGGUGAUUAUGCAUGUGUGAGAUUUAUUUCACUAAUCAGUAUGUUCCCAAGGUGCACCCAUUUACCUAUAAAGAUGUCCAGUUUAUCAUCUUUAUGGUUGAAUAGUACACCAUUACAUAAAAGUACCACAUCUUUUUUAUCCAUUCCUCAGUGGAUGGGCACUUAGGUUAUUUCUAAGACCUGGCUAUUAUAAACUGCUGCUAUAAACAUGGGUAUGCAUAUACUGCUGUGGUAUGAUGUUUUUAAUUGUUUUGGGAAGAUACCUAGAAGGGGAAUAGCUGGGUCGAAUGGGACCUCCAAUCUUUUUUUUUUUUUUUUUUGCGGGGGGGGGGACCUCCAAUCUUAGCUUUCUGAGAAGUAUCCACACUGAUUUCUACAGUGGCUGCACCAGUCUGCACUCCCACCCACAGUGGAGAAAGGCUCCUUUUCCCCACAGCCCCUCCAGCAUUUGUUACUGCUUGAUUUUUGAUAGUAGCCAUUCUUUCUGGGGUGAAGUGGAAUCUCAGUGUUGCUUUAAUUUGCAUCUCUCGAAUCACCAGCGAUAUUGAACAUGUUUUCACGUGUUUAUUUACUGUCUUUCUUCAUCAGAGGGGUGUGCAUUCAUCUCAGAUGCCCAUUUUUGGAUUGGGUCUUUAAAUAUGGGAGGACUGAUUUUUUUUUUUUUUUUUUUUUUUUUAGUUCUUUAUACAUUCUUGAUACUAAUCCUUUGAGGAGCUGUUGGCAAACAUUGUCUCCCACCUUGUGGGUUGUCUCUUCAUUCUCGGUUUCUCUUGCUGUGCAAAAGCUUUUCAGUAGGGUGAGAUCCCAGUUGUUGAUUCUUUGUGACAGUUCCUGUGCACUCUGGGUUUUUAUUCAUGAAGUCUUUGCCUACCCCAGUGUCUUCAAGCGUUUUACCUACUCUCCAGCAGACGUAAUGUUUCUGUUUCAAUAUUAAUAUCUUUAAUCCAUAUGGGUCCAGUUGUAGUCUUUAGCUUGUGGAAAGUCAGUUUUUCCAGCACUGUUUUAUUAAAGAGACUUUCUUCCAGUGAAUGUGUUUGGCACCUUUGCACUGUGGUCUGAUACUAUGCAUGGGAUAAGUUCAGUUCCUUUGCAUUUACUUAAGCGUGUUCCAUGAGCCUGUGUGUGGUCUGUUUUGGAGAAUGUCCUGUAUGCAGCUGAGGAGAAUUACAUAUGUGUUUGUAUGUGGGGGUGCAUGAGUUGUGUGGAUGCACUUCCAGCCCAGACGCCUGCCUGUAGGCCGGGAGCCCCCACUUUCCCUCCCAUGCCCCCCCCCCAGCCCUCUCCCUGAGCUGCUUCCACAGGGUUCUAUGCUCCCAUGCUGUGUGGAUGCCUCGUGUGGCUGCAGGCGUGCUGGGCUCAGGUGUGGGCCUGGGCAUCUCCUGGGUCUCCUGUGCUCAGCCUGCACUGCCAGGGGUUUGCAGGGCUCGCACUGGCUCCUGUCAUGCAGCAUCCUUGAGUGUGCAACUUGGCUUCACGUCCCUGUCCACUCAGGUGCUCAGGUCACUCUUGGUUCCCUUUGGUUGCUUGAGACUGUUGGGGUUGUCGUUGGAUUCUGACUGGCCUGGGAUAUGGGUGGUGCGGCCUGAGGGUUCCCUGGCCCCUGCCUGUGUCUGCUGAGCUGGGCCAUACCUGUCCAUGCUCCCUUCUGGCUGUCCCUGUGACAAGUGUCAAAGGUCAGUGCUAAGUAUUCCCACCUGUCUUGUGGUCACUGGCCAGAGCACCCAGAUAACCAGAACCCUUGUGGAUGAGGGGUGUGGUCACCAUGGUGUUCUGUGCAUCCCUGGAGCUGCCCCAUCCUGUUCAGGCAGCAGCCUAUCGUGAGUCGGCCUGCCUGCUUACCCCAAGGGUCUGCCUUCCUGAGCAGGCAGGGAGGUACUGGCUGAGCCGGGCACUGGGGGGAUGCCCGCGAGGGACCCUGUGCGGAGGCAGCAUAGGUGCUGUGGGAGAGAAACCCGCUGCCCCUGUCCCCUCUGUCCCCAGUGCGGCCCACAGCUUCAGAUGCUGUGGGAGUGAACUGCUGCCUGGAACUCACCUCCUCCUCCUCCUCCACCAGCAGGCUACCACCAAGGGCAGGUGACCAGAAAGGUAGUGCCUGCUUCGGGAACUCCCCAGGAAGGGCUGCUGUUAGCAGCACCUCGGCACCCAGGAGAAACCAGCUCAUCUGUCUAAAACCACGUGUCCCCUCAACCUCCUGCUGGCCUAGCACGGUUCAGCCAGACCUAGCGGUGUCCACCUGUCUGGGUGCUGUGUGGCCUGGGUCCAAGUGGACAGUGCUAGACCUGAGCUCUAGAGUUACUUAGUCCCAGGAGGGCUGCUGCAGAGCAGAGGCCGGACAGUGGCCACUGCCUCUAGCCGAGACGAGUCUCUCCUUGUGUCAGGCACUGUCUUAGGUGGUGGCAUCUUGCCUGGCCUCGUGGAGCCAGGGCAGGGCCCCAGCACAGGCUGCUGGACACUAGAGCCCUCUGGGCAGGACAGACAUGGCCAUUUAGGAGGGAGGGUGGGCAGUACCAUGCAUGGGCAGGGUGGUCAGGAAAGGGGACAGAGCCCCGUCAGGAGAAGAGCAGCUGGGAGGUGAAGGCCUGCACUGGCUUGGCUGGAAGGGGCUGCAGGGGAAGCCAGGCAGCCUCAGAUGAAGAGGGUGUGGGUUCAUGCAGUGCCACCAGGGAGCGCAGCAGAACCACCAGCCUGCAGGUGCCCAGGCCGCCGCACCCCUCCGGCCCUGGCCACAAAACAGGGCUUAUCAUCUCCAGGAGCCCUUUUGGACCUGUGUUCCCCACACUUCCGUUCUCUGCCCUCCGCUGUGGGCACUGGGCUCCAGGCUUCCGCCCAGCACUUCCUGCCACCUGCCGUUCCCCACUGUUAACCCCUUGUCUCAGCUGCUGUGCUGCCAUCCCGCACCUGGUCUGGGUGUCUCUCAGCUACCUGCCUCCCGCCCACCCAGGUGCCUGCACCCUAACUCCUGGCCGUCCUGGGCACACCCCCGGCCCUGGAGGCCUCCAGCUCCUGCCCCUCUCUGCAGGCCACCUCAUGUGGCAAGUCUAAGCGGCACACAGGCACCUCUCACCCACAGUUUAGGAGUGCUGUGCCUGUGCCCACCAGAAAUCAGACCCAGGCCCUGCCUCGCCUCCUCCUCACUGGGCUUCAGCCCAGCAUGCCCCAGCCAGGCCGCAUGACUGUGGCUUGGGGGCCUCUUGUCCACGCCUGCUGCCCCUGCAGGCCCCUCAGCCCUGUGUUGGCUCUGCUGGGCCCUGUGGCCUCUCCGGCUCUAGUCAGGCAGUCCCCUCUGUGUCCUGGCCUAGCAGGUACCUCCGGCCCACUGCCCGUUCCAGAACUGUGGUCUGCAGAAAUGCACAUGUGCGCUACAUCCCCAGCUCAACAUUUGUCCUGCUGCUGCACUAAGCUGCAGGACUGAAGGUGCAGGACUGAUCUGUGCAUUGGGGUCCCCCAGGGCUGGGUGUGCUGGGCAUGUGGCACUCAGUGUACCCUGCUGUUGUGGUCAGGACUGUGAGGAGAACAACUGGAAUCAGGACACAGAAUUUACAAUAUUAUUUCAUGAUGGCCACCCAGUGUUAACACAAGACAGUGCAGGAAAUCUGUCUACAACACUGAAGACCCGGAAUAUUCAGCCAAGGGCCUGGAUCCCACAGCAUUGUCCUGCAUGAGUCCAGAUGAAGACCUGGAGCCCAUAACAGUGCCUCCUAUGAGUCCAACUGGAGGUGUAGAGCCCACGAGAAGGACUCACACCAGUCUGUGUUCAGGAUCUGUGGUAGGAAGGCCCAAAGGUCAGCGGUGGGAGCUGGAAAGUCUAUGCCAGCGGGUGAAGGAGUUGUCAUUAGGUUCUACACUGAAGCCAAGAAGUCACACUCAGAAUAAAGACCAGGGCUGACCUGACAAGCACCACAGCCAUCCUCAGCAACACGGAAGCCCUGAGCUCCUCUAAUAACAAUGCUUAAACUCACACUGGGGAAGCUAGUCAUGAUGAGCUCCUCCAGAACCAACGGCCUGAAACAGCAACACUUAGGAGAACCGCAGUGCCCUACUCUUCUUCUCUAUGUCUCUGUUUAUGCUGGCGGCUUUCCUCAGGGGGACCGUGAUACAGCCAGCACCAUGCUGAUUUAAUUCAGCUAGUGUUAAGGUGACCACCAGGUUUUAAUCCCUAACACUGGGAGAGGCCUGAGCCCUCCGUCCGCCAGCCAUGGGAGGACCCUAGCCCAGUUCCAAGACCCCAUCCCUACUCUCGGUGUGCGCCCCUCCUGUAGGCCAGCUGUCCUAGCUUGUGUUAGGAUUUGUCUUAGACUGGACUUUGUAGGGAGUUUUAGGUUCACACCACAGCUGGAGGAAGGUACAGGUGCCCUGCAGGUGCCGCCCAGCCUCCUUGGCAUCUCUACCCAAGGGUGCCUCUGACAGUGGCUACCCUGGGAGCCGUGCAUCCUGGGUCGGCCGCCUUGGGCUGCAGAGUGCCUCGCUGUCCUGAAGAGUGGCCUCCGUUUCCUCACCUGGUUCUCUGACAGCCUCCAAGCAGUCUCCAGCUCCCUCCGCACAGCAUCCUGUGUUUCCAACUCCUAUCCGUUAGUGACACACAUUUUGGGUUCUGCUGCAGUGAGCACCGUGUCUCAGUGUUGCUGGUGCUGCCCCAUCUGCCUGCCCCUCGUCCAGCCUUCUGUCCACUGAAGGUCACCUCAGUGCUUCCAGCUUGCCAGUUCUCAGUCCACCUGUUACAAACACCCACGUGCCGGCUGCUGUGUGUGUGCAUGUGGUGCUCACCCGUGGGCACACCUGGACACCAUGUCUUGUGCGUGGCCAUUUGGGGUCGGUGCUGUCUUGCUGCUGCCAUGAUCUGCAGCACCCCGGCCCUUCUGAGCAUCUCUGGUGCGUCUGUGCUGAGAUUGUUCACCUGUUUUAGACUUGCUCUCUUUCUGUUGAGUUUAUAGGAGGUGCUUUUUUAGGACUUUUUAGGGUGGGGUCUCAUUAUGUAGUUCAGGCUGGCUUUGAACUCACUACAAACUCCUAUCGAUCCUCCUGCCUCAGCCCCCCAAGUGCUGGGCUUCCUGUGUGUGGCCUGUUUCAGGAUUUUGAAUGACAGUCCUCUAACCAGUGCCUGCUCAGCUGUUUCCUCCGGGCUGGUCACUUCUCUUGCCAACGUCUUCGCAGGGCAGCAGCUGGAUGUUGUGGUGCCAUGCGGCUGUCUGGGGUUCCAUCGGGGUCACAUCUGAGUGCUGUGUUUUAAAGUCAUCCCAGCCUCAGGUCAUCCAGAUUUUCUCCUAUGUAAUUGAGGAGCCUCCUAAAUUAGCAUUUCACAUUUCAUUUGUCUUAGGACCUGCUUGAAUCAGUUUUUGUGAGGUGAAAGAUCUGAUUCAAGUCUUUGCCGUUUUGGAUUUCAGCGUUUCAGUGCUGUUUAUUGAAAAGGCUCUUGCCCGCUGUGUGUCCUUCACCCCGGUGCCAAAGCCCAUUGAUUGUGUGUGCGAACCUGUUUCGGGGCUCCUGGUUCUUCCACCUGUCUGUUUCUCCACUCUUUUUCCAGUGCCGAGGCUUCAUAGUGUGUGUCAGAGUGAGAAGGUGCACACGGGUGUCCGCCCACGCGUGUGGGGUGUCCCUGUAUUUAUUUGGCCCUCCUUUGACCUCUUUCACAGAGUUCUGCACUUUUUCAUAGAUCAUGUGUUUUUAUUUAUACACAAGGACUUCAUCUUGGGGAAGCCUAACAUAAAUAUUACUAUAUUUCACUUUUCAAAUUCCAAUUGUUCACGACUGGUGUGUGGAAAAGCACCUGACUUUACGUAUUAACCUCCUACCCUAUAGACUGGCUGUCAUUUUACAUUAGUCCCAGGAGUUUCUGGCCAGUUCCUUUGGAUUUUCUACCUAGACAAUCACAUUAUCUGUACACGAAGGUAAUUUCAUGUCCCCCCCCAGCCUGUGUACCCUUUCUUUGGUUUCCUUACUGUGUCAGCUGGGAUUCCCAGUGUGGUGUUGAAAAGCUGUGGUGAGAGGAGAUGUCCCUGCCCUGCUGCUGUCUGCUGUUAGCUGUGCUGUCCUGUGGAUGUGCUCAAGUCUAGAAAGUUCCCUUUCCCACGGGCUUCCUGAAUAGGUGUUGGAUUAUCCAGUGCUUUUUCUGCCGCUGUUGCUGUGGUCCUGUGGUUUUUGUGCUUUAGGCUGUUGCUGUGAUGGGCUCGUUCUGUGAACGUUGAAGCAGCUUUUCUAUCUGGGACAAGUCCCACUUGGCUUUUUCUUGGACUUGAUCUGCUAGGAUUUGGCUGAAGAUUUUCACCUGUAUUCAUGAAAGACAUGAACUGCAGAUAGGGGCCGUAGGGGAAUGCUUGCUUCACAGGAUGAGUUCGUGUGUCCCUCUGCGUUUAUUUUCUGAAAGAGACUGUGCAGAAUUAGCGUAACUUCUUCCAUAAAUGUUUGGUAGAAUCUGCCAGCAGCCUCACCGGGAUGGAGCCUUUCUGCGUAGAAGGACGUUCGCUUGGGUUCAGUUUCCUUAACACAGUAAACUGAGGAGAAUCAGCCCGCAUCCAAGGCCAGUCUGGCCACACGGUUGGAUUUGCUCCCGUCUCCCAGUGAGGCCGUUCUUCCUUCCAAGUAUCCACCUCCUGAGCUGUUUCCCUCUGGGCCUGCUCUCAUUGGAUCCCACAAUUGUGUAAGUUGUAUUUUAAUCCAUCACAGGUUUUUAAAGUAAUCUUUAGACUGGGCUUGGUGGCACAGGCUUAUAUGCCCAGAAUUUUGGAGGCUGAGGCAGGAGGAUCACUAGCAGUUUGAGACUGGCAUGGGUACAUAGUGAGUUCAAGGCCACACUAAACUAUAUAGUGAGACUCUGUCUCCAGAAAAAAGUCUUUAUCUUUAAAAAGUUGUUACGGCAUAACAGGAAAUCAGGCACCAGAAUUCAAGCACGACUCCGUGACAGGCUGUGAACAGGUGGACGCGUUUCUGGGUGCUGCGUGUGCACACACAUGUCACUGGGGACUGCAGUCAUGCGGUCGGUCACUCUUCCCCAUACACGUCCACUGCAUGUGUCCAGGUCAGUGUUCCCUAGAGUAGCAGAUUUAAUACAGGACUAUGUAGACGGGAUCUACAGGCUAGGCUUGUGGUGACCACUCGUGGAGUCAGGUGUGGAAGAGUAUAAAGGGGCUGUCUGCACAAAGGAGAGCUGAACGAUCCAAUUGAGACGGAAAAGCAGGCACUCACUGAAGAGUCCUGUUGGAGUCCGUGUCAGGAAGCCAAAGGGGUGCUGUUGGAAAGCUGAAGAGUCUGAGCUGGAAGCCUGGAGAUGGAUUCCAAAGGUGGUAAUGAAACUGACACUCCUCCAAAGAAACCCUAAGUGAGACUUCCUGCUUCUUUCCCUUUUUAUUCCAUUCAGCCUGUGAGCCUAUUGUAUUGGUUGGUGCCCACAGUGGGUUCUCCCUUGUCAGUAAAUUGGUCAUCCAUACCCAGAGCUGUGCUAGACUAAUCAGCUGGUCUUUCUUACUCAAGUGGACACCAUGGUGAACUCAUACAGCAAACACCAUGUUCAUCCAUUCAUUAUCCCCCAGCUGUUUUUGACCAGGGAGUCAGGACACCAGCUCAAGUCUGUUAGGAAACAUUGUAAUCCUGCCUUUCCUGAGGACACGGAUUUCAAUGAAGACACAAUGGGCAUGAGGCCCCUGGACAGAAACGCUGGCCAUUAGGGGAGACCUUGUCCCUGCAUGCUUAGUUUACCGUGCGUGUGAAGCCACACAAGACCCCGGGCGCAGCAUUUGUGAAGUGCUCCUCAGACCCCUGUGGAAUCGCGCAGCAGGUGCAUCCCUGAGUGAUGCCAUGACACAGUGCAGUCCCACAGCCACUGUCCUCCCGGGUCUGCUCCCGCUGUGGCCUGAUCUCAGGGGCAGUGUCAGGAGGGGCUGAGUGCAGGCCCUGGGGACUCACAGGUGUAGGGUGCUGGCUAGAGGGCCACUCCCACCUAGGGGAGGGACCAGGCUGGGGCUGUGUCCACCUCUGGCAGGCUUGCCCCCACUUUUUAAAAGCAUUUGGGCUGAGGAUAUAUCUCAGCAACAUAAAUACCUGCCUGGCAAGUGUAAGGUCCUGAGUUCAAUUCCGGGUACCAAAAAAAUAAUAAAAGCAGAACAUAAAACUUGCCCUUUUAGGCGUUUUCAGGUGCCCACUUUAUGGCCACUAAGUGCAUUCAUGCUGCCCAAGGCCACCUCCGCCCCUCCAGCAGCUUCUCACUGUCCAUGGAAGCUGCCCUCCUGGCUCUGCUUCCUGGCUGGAACCUGAGGUCCCCAGGGAGGUCCCAUAGGUAGAGUUUGUCCAUUUGCGUAGUAGCCGUGUCGGAAUGUCCUUCCUUUUUAAGGCUGAAUGAUAUUUUAGGGGACAUGUGACGGCUGCUCACCACUGUCUGCCCGCUGUGCUGGUGACACCUAGGACUUAGCCUAGCACUCCCGGUGUGUCGGGGCAUUUGGGGAGAGACCUGUCCUGGGCGUGGGUGCAGUCCAGGGGAGGCUGCACCUGCCUGAGCGCUGUCAUUUCCUGCUGCCCUCGCUGUGGACAUCAGACCCCAGCUGCCUCAGCCCUUCCGCAUGGAUGCAGGCGUUGUGAGGCCUCAGCCCAGCCUGGGGCCGCUCCUCCUCCCUCCCUUCUGGGACUUCCAGCUCCUCCACUUGAUGAAGACAGCCAUGUGGGCUGUCAGCACUGACCCUCACAGAAUCGCAUGUCCAUUUUGUCCUUCUGAUCCCACUGAGGACCCUCCCUGUACCCAGAAGCUGUGGGAGCUUGGCUGAGGAGAGGGGGGUUCUGUCCCUGCCUCUGCCUCCAGCCACCAUGUGGGGCCCCAGCCACCUGUGCUCCUACUGUGACGACCAGGAGCCAAGUACAAGGAUGGAACCCCCACCGUGUGACAAGGAUAGCCCUUCUUCUGCUCGGCCAUUCUCAGGCCUCAUUGCAGUAUAGAUGCUGGGCAUGCAGAUGCCACCCCAUGUUUGUCUCUGUCUACCUCUGGCUCCUGAGAACAGAGUCAUGUGACAGGGUGCGGGAGCGGGGGCGUCCCUGCAGAUCCCAAGGCCCUGCGUGACUGUGGAGGCACCUGUCUGGGUCCAGGCAGCUGUGCUGUUUGUUGGAUGCCCCUUAGUUCCCACGUCUACCACACUUGGGGCCCUGGUCUGUGCACAGUGGCCGUGCAGGGCCUGUGAAGAUCAGGUCACCCUCCAGGACACGGCCUCCGAACACACACUGGGACUCUGGGUGCUGUGAGACUCCCUCCUCCUGGGUCGGCAGCAACAGGGUCCAGUGUGGCCAGGGCAGGGCCCACAGAAGGGCUUUGCCAGGGUUGGCACUCAGGUCAGCCUGCCAGGACUCUGCGGUCAUGGUGAGACUCGGCCCCACUUAUUCCCCUCUUUUUUCUUUUUCUUUUCUAGAGGUGGGCAUUGAACCAGGACUUUCAUACUGAGCUACAACCCCGACCCUUUUUAGUCUUCGUUUUGACAGGUUCAUGCUAUCACUAAGGUGGUGUGGCAGGGCUGGAAUCUGCAGUCCUCCUGCCUCAGCCUUACACAGAGCUGAAUUACAGGUGAGCCCCGCCCACCUGGCUUCUGGAGCCUUCCAGCUCUCUGUCACUCAUACUGCACACUGGGCUUCUGGCAUGUUUUAAGUCCCUGGUGUCACUGAAGACCCACAUGUGGCCGCACCAGCUUCUAGCCUCUUAGACGCCAGCCCAGUGUCUCACGGUGAGGGGAGGCCAGAGUCACGGCUCAGGCGUCAGCACGAGCUUUGUUCCAGGCCCUUGUCCCUGCUGCCAGAGCUGCUGGUUACGGCAUCCUGGGGUGCAGAGUGGCUUCACCUGACCUCCGGGCCUGGCCUGGGGAGGUACCUGGACCAGGUCCUGGGCUGAAGCCAGCACAGGCACAGUUCUGUCCCUGCCACAGGCAGAGUGGUGCAGGAGGGAGACUGAGGCAGGAGUGGGGUGCAUUCCCUGAGGCUGGUGGCUCCCUUUACAGCCCCCCACUGUCCACUCCAGGCUCCUGGGGCCCAGCCCUGAGGUGCAGGCGUUCGGGGCUGGAAAGAGAAGGGAGUGGAGCAGCUGGAAGGAGCUGGCGUGCUGUUCCUGUCAGGUUCCACGUGUUGUUCCCUGUACUUCCUGACUGUGGCAAAGGACAGAUAGCAGAAGUACUGAAAUAUUUCUCAUUAAGUGCCUCACGGUGAUUCAGGUCUGGCCUGAAACAGGAAGUUCCAUGAGGCCUGUCUCCGGAAGUCUGGGUGCUGGUGGGUCCCGCCACCCUCCACUGUUGUGCCGUUUUGAUGACCGAGUUGCCCUAGCAGAGCCCCGACCCGGAGGGUGCUCCCGACUGACUGUCUUGAGGUCAAGCUGUCCAGGCCUCUCUUUGGCUGUGGCCAGCAUGGUCAGUCCUCUUGGGUUAGGACCCGAGGGACCUCACAGCCUCUGCAGCCCAAUGAGGUGCUGACGCCGGCUCCAGCAUGGGCAGAGUGGGGGCGCCUGGCCUCCAGCAGCACAGGCUUGAGGCACCCAAGACACCCAGGGCACCCAGGGCACUGUGGACACUUGCAGGCAGUUCUGUUGCAUGAAGCACACAGUGUGAAGCUUAUCAUCUGGUCACCUCAGGGUCACUCAGUGGCCACAGUCAUCACCACACUGCCACUUCCAGAGUCCUCAGCCCCUGCCUGGUGCCUGCCAGGUACCACCCCCAACCAGCUGUGCAGAAAACCUCCAAGCUCAUCAAGGUCACUCCUAAGUCACAGGUACCCACUGGGUCAUAGUCUGGAGGUCCCACUGUCCAGGUCUGACAGGUGAGGGGCAGGUGGACUAUGAGGGGCAGGUGGAUGGGUGAGGAGCAGGUGGACGGGUCAGGGGUAGGUGGACAAGUCAAGGUAGGGGGCAAGUGAGCUCAACUGUGGCCACCCGGCAAGGAUGAGGGGACAGCUGGCAGGUGGCUGGGUUCCCUCAGCCCUGCUGUCCAUGGUGCCGGGACACAGGUACUCAGGGCCUCCAUCUGGAGCAGCGUGGGUUCAGCACCUAAAGAAGCCCAGGUGGCCACAGUGUUGCACAUGGCAGGGGCCAGGUGGGGACCUGGAGCCUGGAGAGAUGUGGUCCCUGCAGCUGCUGGGUGGGCAACAGCUGGCCUCAGAGAGGGCAGUGUGCUCUUGCCGGGGAAUGCUCCAGUUGGUGCCAAGGACAGCUGUAGGCGAGCUCCAUGUCCAGUGAGACCUGGCCCUGACCCUUGCUGCCCCUACCAUCCCUGCAGAAGGUGCCUGCACCUGCCACGAGAGCAGGUGACAGGGAAGCCACCACAGCCUCUCCGGAGAGGAAGUUGGCCUUUGUCGGGGGAUUUCCAGCCAGGGCUGUUUUGAUUGACACAGUGCUGGGGAAGGUCUGUCCUUUAUCAGAUGAGUCACUAGAGCAGGAGGUUGGGACAUGCUAAAGACAGACAGAGGGAGACAGAGACAGAGACCAAGCAAAGCAGACACAGGGAGAAGGAAGAGAUGGAGAGAUCACAGCCACUAAGGUCCCUGCCGCACAUUCAGGGCUGCAGGGUCGGGGCCAGGGGCCAAACUCCCACUCUUCACCAGCCUCCUGCACCCUCCAGGCUGUGCUUCCAGCCCUGGUUGUCACAGUGGGACAGGACCUUGCCUGAAGGAUCCUGUGCCCCUUACGCAGGUCUGACCCUGUCCCCAGGAGAGGUCAACAUCCAACUUGUUCCUCCCUCACUGUCCCACCUACCAGGUGACAGAAACUGAAGCAGAGACCAGGACCUGGCUGGGGGUCUGAGAUGUGCUGCUGGACUGGUCCUCGUGCCCACUGCAGAGGGCUCAGCCCAACACCUGUCCUGAGUGAGCCACCCUGCAUCCCUCAGGGUCCCUGGAGGCUGCAGCCCAGGGCAGGGACUGGCAAGCUCCCCCAAAAGAGCCCCCACCUCACCGGGGAGAUGCCAGGCAGCCCAGGGCAGGUGUGUCCCAUCUGCAGUGUGAACCAGGUCACUGCUGUAGAAGUGACAUCGUCGAGUCCCUGGAACUGGGAGAGGACAUGGUGUGGCCGCUGCCUGAGCUUAGUGUGUGCAUGUGCGUCCUGAUGCCCUGCCUGCGAUCCGUGUCCCGUCCUGGCUCAGCACCUUCUAAAAGCCACCACAAUGUCACAGUAUUGCUGGUGAUGCUGUUGUCACCCCUGCUACUGUGGCACUGGCUCCCUGGUGGCUUCUGCCUCCCUGGUGGAGGCACGUGCUGCGUGGCUCAGCCGUACCACUUUCCUGAGUGUUUUCUGCACCUCAAGGCCUUGGUCUCAGGGCCUGAACCCCCUGCAGUGUGCCACAAUGGGAAAGGCAAUGUGGCCCCUGAGUUGCAAGGCCCCUCCUGAUGCCCUGGUGUCCACAUGCCCGGAACGUGUGAGAAUGGCCACCCCCGCCCCAGAUGAUCAUCCUUCUGCGGCACAGGGUCACUGGCUCUUGGUUGCCCCAGGCUCCAGUGCCAGACAAUACAUUUGGUACUUGGGAUGCAGGGCACUUCCCCAAGGUCCCAAGGUCAGCCAGGCUCCGGAUCCAGGCAGAAGAGGCCGUGCUAGGGUGGGAGGGAACUGAGCCAUGGCCGCCCUGUGGGUGGCACCCUUGCUGCUUUCACACAGCUGUGUGAGGGAGGCAGACCCUCACAUCCAGCCAGCUUUCCCUGGGUCCCCAUCGUGGUCAGGCUCUUCCCAGCGCUUCACAGUGAGGCCUCGACUGUGGCUUCCAGGCUCGCUGAGGUCUGCACGGCCUUCACCACCUUGGAUGUCUAGGUCCGUGCCCACUGAACGCCUGUCCUGUCCGUGGCUAUGUGAUGAGCACCCAAGCCUGGGGUGGGCUUAGCAGGCUGGACAUAGGUGCACCCCUGAGGCUCUAUCCAGUGCCAUGGCAGAGGCCCCAGUUCUGUGCCUCAAACUCAUUGCCCUGGGAGGUCUGGGAGCCCAUCCCAAGGGGCACAACUGGUCGAGGUCCCAUGGAUCAGCCCAGGAGGCCAGCACUGGGAGAGAACAGCCGCCCCAGGGUCCCAGCUGGGUGCAAGGACAGCUGCGUUGACUAUGCCAGUGCCCAGUGCCCAUGAGGGUCCUGUUCCACUCCCACUUCAAAUCCUAUGGGGACCUACAGACCUCUCAGGCAAAGGGCCAGGAAUAGCUGCGCUGGACCUGGGCCCCCUCGAGGCAAGGCCAGGGCCCAGUGUGCUCCAAGCAAGCAUCCUGUGCCCAGGAAAACGCCAGGCUACAGCAGAUGUCCUCACUGCAGCCCUCCAGAGUGGCCACUGCCAGUGGGAGCUGCAGUCCUGGGCACCCUGUCCUUGGCCAUGCCCCUCUUGGGCACAGCCCAUUGGUGUGGAGUGUCAUCAGUGGGGCUGAGGCCCCUGCACCCUGACUUGCAGGGUCUGUAGGACACAGCUCACGGGGGCCACAUCCCAGACUCCAUGCUGCUUCAAAGCCAUGCCACCCUGACUCUGCCACAGGAGCAGGGAAGGGGGAACUUCUGUUCUUGGAGCUCUGGGCUGUGGUUGUUGUCCUGCCGGUGACAGGAAGCCAAUGUGGACGCUGGUGCCCAGACACCCCGGACGUGGGCCAGCCGCCUCCUGCCCAGUCAGCUCCCUUGUCCUGCCUGAGCAGCGCAGUCCUAGCUGUAGAGUACGGGGCUCCCCCAACUCAGUCUUCAUGGGCUGAGACUGUGACCCUGUCAUGAGGUUGUGCUGCCCAGUUGGAGGGCGCCCAGCCAGAUGCUGUCCACAAGCUGUGCCUGAGUCCCUAGGACCCCCACCACCCUGGGGAGCAGGCUGGGGUACAGUUUCCUGUGACCCCUGCAAGACCGGGCUGGGAAUGAGGUCCCAAAUCUGCCUGCGCUGCUGAGCACUGUUCCUGGGGCCUCCCCGAGGCUGACACUACUCUUGACUGCUACUGCGUGUGGAGGGUGCACAAGGGCAGGCCACGCCUUCUGGGGCUGCAGAGACCCUGGCUCCUGGCUGGGAAGAGCACAGGGUGGCUGGGCACUGAGAAUCAGUGACAGAGGUCUGUCAAGGUCCAGCCUCACCUGUAGCCUCCUGCGCUCAGCCAGGACCCAUGGCCCCCACUGGGCCUGGGACAGGUGAGCCCCUCCCAGGGGCUCAGUUGAUCCUGCCAUGGCCUCUGUGCCCACAAAACCUGGUGUGUCCUUUCCUGGUGUCCAGGGCCUCAGCAGGAGACUUGGAGAGCUGAGUGCUUCAGCAUCUCCACUUCCUAGCAACACCUCACAGAGAGCCUGUGCAGAUACUCCCGGCAGACACAGGGGAGCUGCCCCUACUCUGAGUUCUUUGGGGCCCAGGAUGACCAAGGAACCCUGUGGUGACUUCCCAGAAAGCAGGUGGCAGGCAGGUCAUUACACACUGUCACUGUGUCCCCUGUGCGGGUGUAGCCGGCUCAGGAUGGGCAGGGCCUCUCACAGCCACCUCGGUACUGGCAGCUUCCAGCCUGUGCAGCCCUGCCCUGGCCAUCUCAGUAGGCCCAUGAUGCUGUCCUGCCCAUUACCUUUUGCUGAGAGCCAGCUGCUUCUCUGCCCCAGGCAAUCAGCUCUGGACAGACACUUGCAGAACAAGACGGGAUGGACAAAUGCUGCCCUGCUACCCAGUUCCCCGGGCCCCUUUUCCAGGCCUCAGCUCCGGGAUGGACGCCUUCAGGGACACAGAUGUGGUCUGCAGGGGCUGCACCAGGCUGGGGCAGGGGUGUGGUCAUGUUCAGCAGGGUGGCCAGGGGAUGAGGCCACCCUGCUGACUGCCCUUCAGCAGGCCCCUGAGUGGCUGCAGACACAGGCAGGUCUCCUGAGUCACAAGGCCCAUCUACCCAUUCCCACCAGCACCCCAAGGCUGGGACAAACAGGGGCAGAAAAGUCAGCACUGCCUCGGAACAUGACCUAUGGGGAUGGGUGCGAGGCAGGCCAGGCACCCCAGAAGCCGGACACCCUCCUCGUCCCUGCCCCCAGCUGGAAGUCAGUCUGGUCUCCGCCUCAGGAUCUGCUUAGGAAGUGCAGGCAGAGGGUGCCUGGCCACAAUUUCAGGGUGACUGUGCCCCAAGGAAGUGCCUGUCAGCGGCCAGGACAGUGGUGCCAGGAAUCAGUUCUGCUGUGAGGCUGGGGAGCCAGGAGAGCCCAGCAGGGCUUUCUAGGAGGGACACCAACAGCGAUGCCCACACCAGCUCCCGGAGCCAAGGAGCAGAGCUGGACCUUUGCCCUGGUGUCUGCUGGGAGUCCUUUUAUUAAAGCCAGUGCUGCCUUUCCUCGAGGAGAUGAAAUACCCCGGCACCAGGCUGUAGGCCUCGCCACUAUUGGCAGUGCUGGGUACCUUCUCCUCCGCACAGAGCUCUAUUCCGACCUGCCACCCUGCCCACUGUGCCCUUCUGCCUCUGCCCUGACUGUGGCCCACAGUGGUCUUGGCUGCAUCUGUCUAUGCAUUGGCUCCUGACCCCACCCCCCCUGGGGCUGUUAGAGUGCCCCAGGGUGCCUGUGCCCUGUGCCCUGUGCCCUGUGAAGUGUGUGUCCCAGCUCCCUGCUGCCCAGCUGUGGGCUCUGCAGGUGGUGGGAAGGGUGCAUUUGGAGCUGCAUUCCUACCUGCCCCAACCCCUGGGGACAGGCCCGACUGGGGACAGUGAUGCACCAGAGAUGCUAGACACCUCUUUGCAGACACGGUGUCAUGGCCCCUCUGCCCCAUCUAGGCCACCCCGUCUCCCAUCCCAACCCAGGCCCAGGUUCCCCGCACUCCGGCCUUGGCCGCAGAGAGGUCAGCCGCAGGCUCUGCUGGCCUGUGGAGGUCGGGAUGCCGCCCCUUCUCCCACCCCACACUUUGCCCAUUGGCCCACACGGGCCUUUGCCCUCCGUAUGUGUCCAGCCCUCCUUGCCUCUGCCCACCGUGGUGGGCUGGGGGGACCCAAGGGGAGUGUGGGACUGGGCAGGGAGCAGAGCCAGAGCAGCAUGGAAGGUGCGGGCGCUCCUCUCCCUGCUGGCACCCAGCUGGAUGUGGGCACCAGUGGGCACCGGCACAGUCUGGGUUUUCCUUGCUGACUUGCAGUCUGGGACUUUCCUGGACAGAUCCCUUGCCAAAGAGGCAGCUCUGGGGAAACCCCGAGUGUGAAAGUGGAGUGGUUAGGGCAAGGCCAGCGACCAGCCCACGUGUCAGAAGAGGCCCUUUCACAGCCGGUCACACCCUUGAGGGCCCUCCCCAGCCCAGCCUUGAAAUCACCUGCGUCGGGUGAAGGUUGGGCUUCUACACUGGCCGGGACCUAGGAUGCCUGCCCACAGGCUGGACUCUCACCUUCGCUGGCCCACACACCCUGUGGGACCUGCAGGGUGGGGGUGCUUGGUGCAGGGGCGCUCAGCACAGUGCCCCUCCCCACACCCUGUGGCUCUCAGGCUCCUGGACUCCAGCCAGGACGGGUGCUGAGGACAUUGUCAGGCCGGCUGGCCGCUGGGUCACAGUAGAAAGAAAUCCCCUUCCCAGCGGGGCUGUGGCGAGCCACGGGCCAGGCGGCUGGGAGGUGGGGAGGGGAAUCGCUGGGACUUCCCUGGGAAGCAGGACCACUGACUUUCGCUUUCCCUUUCUCCAGGCUGCAGCCUGACUUCUGCCAGGUCCUGUGGGUGUCAUCUGGCUACCUGAUUCCUGGCCAGAGCCUCAGUUUCCCCCUGGCUGUGAGACAUUAACCAUACUGGCCAGGGUCAACCUUGCUUCAGGACCCAGGUCCCCACAGGUUAUAGGGUGUGUCCACCAGCCUAAUGUCCUAGCUCAGGGCUCUGGGGGGCACACAGCACCCCUGCUCAGAUGAUGCUGAAACUCUGGGGUUUGUGUUGAGUUCCACAUAUAUCGAGGGAGUGUACCUGUUGGAUCUGCUGUAAAAUCAUUUAUGGAGGACUUGGUUUUCAAAAAUGGUGGCUUGCUAGGGGAUUGGGCGGAGAGUCUCUCCAGAGAAAUCAUAUUAGAUGCUAGAAUAUGACAACAUAGAGAGGGCCAGACGAAUGGAUAAUGAUUCUUAUUAACCAAGACAGUGUGGCCGGAGGAUUUAAAGUCAUGCUGAGACUGCGAAGGCUGAUAAUGGGAGGCUGCAAAUCCCGUGCCUUUAAUGUGGCAAACUGACCAGUGGACCCAACAGGAAAAGCUGUGUUGGCUUUUGGUGACUGCUGGAAAUUGAGACCUGAGACCCUGUGAAGCAGCCAGGACUGCCCCGCUGCACCAGAGGAGAUUGUGAAACGUUCUGGAGCUUCGAAGCCGAAUGCUGUGCAGUUUUCUGACCAUUCCGUGCUGUGCUGGGAACGUAGUGAAGGCAAGCAGCGUAGUGUGCAGUAGACUCAAGAGGAAGACCUGCACUGAGCCCUGGUGAGUACUAGGGACUGGGUCCCAGGGCUGCUGUGGUUGGCCAGAGAACAUUUUGGAAUAGGGCAGAGCCCGCCACCACUGUGACAUCAAUAACACAGAGAGUCUGGCGGAAGACAUCUUAGAGUUGGGCGGAACCUGCAGCUCGGUGACAUCACCAAGUCGCCCCUGGUGUAGAGAGGUCUGGUGGAGGACAUCUUGAAAUUGGGCAGACCCACUGUCCUGGUGCUCCUGGCACAGAGAGGUCUGGAAGAGAACCACUGGGAUUGGGGCGGAACCCUGUGCCACGGUAACAUUAGUCAGCUGCUUCUGGCACAGAGAGAACUGGCAGGAUCUGCUGGGGCUGAACCAAGCCUCUGCUUGGGGCCCAAUAAGCAGAUACAAAAUAGUCACAACUCUGUGACAUCCAGAAAGUACAGCCUAAUUUGCAGGUUGACUGGCACAGAGGCUGGAGGCUAGCCUGCACCAUCCCUGCAUCCCUGCCUACCCCAGAUAACAGCAAAUUGGGGAAGACAGCAAAAACUCAAGUCAGCACGCUUCUGAAAGGCCCUAAGCAAUACAAAGAGGGCCAGAGACCCCCAGGACACACCAGUCUGAAAGAAACCAGAAACAUGACAAGAGAUAAAAAAAAAAAAAAAAAAAAUCUCCAGCUGCCCACCAUGAGAAAAUAAGCCCAGGAGAAGUAAACACUGAAGAGAACAAGCACAGUAAACAUCCAAUACUGGACACAGCAUCAGCCGAAAUUUAAAAAUACCUCCAUGACCUCAUAGAUGAAUUUAAAGCUGUACUCCUGAUCCAAGUGAGGCAAGAUAUAAUGAGAUUAAUUAAAGAAAUGACAAGCCCCGCCCAAGAGAACACAGAUGGAAGAACUGAGGAAAUCAGAAAAGAAAGAGAAACUUCUGAAGAAGAAUUUAAACAUAACUUAGAAUACAUGAAACAGAUCCAAAGAGAUUACCAGGGAACUAAAAACUCCAUUGAACACUGGCAAAAUGCCCUGACAGAAACUAAAGCCAGCCUUCUGAAACUUGAAGAGAGAUUUAUGACAUAUGAUCAUGAAAGAAAAAAACCUCUUAAAAAUAACAAGGAACCAGAAAGAAACCAUUCGAAGGCUAGAAGAUGACAAAAGGAUACAUAACUUGAGAAUAAAGAAUGUGAGUGAGGAAGCAGGAGCAACCAAAAAUGAAAUACAAAGAAUAUUCACAGGUAUAUUAAAACAAAAUUUCCCAUGUAUAGCAAAAAGAAAUGAUAUACAGAUAAAAGAGGCAUACAGAACACCAGCUACCUACAACCAAAACAGAUCUACAACUAGACAUAUAAUAAUCAAGAUUCUAGAAAUCCACCAAAAGAACAGAAUAUUAAAAGCAGCCAGAGAAAAAAAGCAGAUUACCUACAAUGGGAAAAUUAUCAAAAUAACAACAGACUUAUCAACACAAACUCUUAAGUCAAGAAGGGAGUGGGGAGAAAUAUUCCAAGUCCUGAAAGAAAAUAAUAUGCAACCGAAGCUCAUAUACCCGUCAAAACUCUCUCUCAAAAUUAAUGGAGAAAUAAGAUGCUUCCAAGACAAGGAGGAACUGUGGAUGUUCGUGGCCACCAAUCCAACCCUACAGAGAGUGCUGAAGGACAUUCCAGAGAAAGAGAGGAAGGGAUACCAGGAUUCCAGCAACAGUGGCAGAGAGGCCUCAAUGAAUGGGGCAGACAAUGGAAUGAGGGAAUAAGGUGGACAAAUUAUAGCAGAAAAGUGGAGUAGCAGACAUGAGGCAGAGACGGUAAGCUAUAGUCUUUACAGACAGCUCUGAAACACUAUAAAAAAAGGCAGAGUUCAUUGUUAAUAGUGUAUCAGGAUUUAAAAGACACAGUAUUCUUAUCGUCAUAUUUAGUUUGAAUUUAAUUUGUUCUGGUGUGUCCACCCAUGUCAGAUUUGAGGGCACAGACAUCUGACCCAAAAAUAGCAGGUUAUUCCAUGGUAACUAUCCUUACUUUCCUAUUAACUUAAACUGAAAUCUUGUAUUACUUACAUUGUCUUACUAUGACUGAUCUUAAUUGAAUCUGAUUCAUAAGACCACGGAUUUGCCUUGGCUGAUUUUAUUUGAAUUUGGUAUGCUUGUUAGUAUCAACCCUAAAAGUAGAGGCAACUACUCUGAAGAUGACAAGAUGUAAAGGAUAUCCAUACUGGUAUUAAUUAUUAACAGCUCUCAAAUCCUACAAUGCUUUCAAAUUGUGUUUUUAUAAAAAUAGGUAAUACUAUGUUUAACUAUAUUAAGCUGAUGAUGUGGACAAAUCUAUUGAAAACAAGAGAAAACAUAGUAAUUAUGGAAGAUCACCUAUAUUGUAGUCUUAUAUGUCUUAUCCAUUGCGUGUUUUUCUAGGAAUUUGUUUUGCUGUCUUGUUACGAUUUGUUUUUCCCUAUAAUACAGAGAGGAUAGAUAUAUAUGUAGAAAUCACACAUGAGAUUUUUUUAAAAAAUUAUUUUCGGGAACAGAUUAUAUAAUGCAAGAUGUAAUGAACAGAUACUCUGAAGAAGAGACGCUAAGAAACCCAAUGCUAAUUUUGUAGCAUUAUGAUAUAAAUUCUAGCAAUACUAUUGUUCGCUGAUUAGAAUGACAUUGGGCUGGUUUCUUGAGUUUAAUUUCAGCAUAUGUAGAGAUGGGGACGGCUACCACGAAGAGAAUGAGAGAUGCAAUGGUAGUUAUUAUUGUCUUCCUCAAUGUUAGAUCUUGAAGACUUAAAAAGCCUUCAUCAUCCUGUAAUGAUUUGAUUAGUUCUAUAAUAUGCAAUAUGUAUAUAAUGUGGGUGAAGUUGGGGACAACUAUUUGUAAGAAACUAGAGACAGUUAGAUAGACAGUGAAGAUCUCCAGUGGACUUGCUUUGAAAUCUGUAUUUCUUUAAAUUGUUUUUUAAACUGUUUUGUUCUGUUUUGAAAUGUUUAAUCUUACCGUCUUUGAAAUGUAAAACAAGUGUGUGGGACCAAUAACCAUAUUACUGAGUUUUUGUUCGAUCAUUGAGCAGAACUGUUUGCAGUGUCACUUUUUGAAUGUCAUUUUAAAUACUUUAAUUUUGUAACCUAAACAGCUAUUUCUAAGAUGACAAUAUGUAACUUAUCAACCAGCGAUUUCUUACCGUUUAUUUUUCUGUAAUUUUGUAUUAUUUCUACCCUUUUUUUUAUCUCCAUGUAUUUUUUUUGUUUCCUUUUCUUUAAAUAAAAAAAAAAUCAUUUAUGGA